GAUGUUCCACGUGCACCUGCGUCUCAUCUCCAGCCGGGCCACAUACUGACGGUACCAGCGCUGGAUCAACAGAGCCGCUCGGAUUGCUGAGGAAGAGAAGAGGAGACAGUUACUUGCGACCACUGAGCUCGUGAACAGCAGAGACGAGUGUCUUGGACAGACCCCGUGAUGACUUAAACAAGACAAGACGCAAGUGGAUUAGGAUUAAACCUUACUACGGCUGGCAUCUACGCUGAAUAAAUGGAUGAAGGCUCUGAUAAAGGGCAGCAACUGUUUUUGAAAGGAGCUUGUGUUGGCCUCGGCUCAAGUCUUGUGUCAUCAUUGUGACUAAUAUGACAGCUCUUACCAUCAGUACACAGUGACAAGAACCGUUUGUUACAGAUGGUGAACAUAAUUAUGUAUCCAUGAAAAACUGUGGGAAAAAAAGGCUUCAAAAAGGGGAGCAGUGAUAACAUUCAGGGAAAAAAGAGCCAGGAGCAGCAGCCGGUGGUGUGACUCCCAACGGCACAAGAAGGAAGUGGUGGGAGACAUCUGGUACUCAAGGACUCUGCCCCAUUCAUGCAUGGUUAUAGGAGGUCUAAAGCUGCAGUAUCCCACAGACCAGGGGACAAGAAACAAUGUUAAGCAUCUCAAGGCUACACAGGAAGAUAAAAACCCAGGUUCCCAGGCCCUGACAAACAACACCUAGUACAGCAUCCCUGUCUCGUCACUCCUAUCUCCAACCUCCAACCAGACGCACAGAACCAACAGCAACCUUUUCGUCUGAUUUGAAAGCCGUUCAGCCAGCAAACCAUCCAGCUCAUCCACCAUGUCCGUUACAUUCAUUGUCAUGACGAUGCUUCUGAGCUCUUCAUUGGCGAUUGCAUUUGUCUUGCAGCCAUCCAAGGAAGAACCUGCAACCUCUGCUAACUCUCCUGUUGCCCAUCACAGGUACCAUGGUGAGUCCCUGCAGUCCAUCAGGAAGGCUCUCCUCAGAGCUCUCAACUUGCGGGCCGAGCCACAGCUGCCUGCUGGUGGUCUGGACGCAAUCAGAGCCCAAUGGCAGAGCACCUUCAGCAACAUUCUUCACAGAGCGAAGAACGCUGCAGUUGCACCACUCUCUGUGUCUCCUGCCGAUGGAAACAGUUCGAGCCUGAAGUGCUGCCCCAGGGCCUCUGAGAUCUUCAUGACAGAUCUGGGCUGGGACAACUGGGUGAUCCAUCCUUCUAGCCUUACCAUUGUUCACUGUGCACUCUGCAACCCUGGAGAAAACACUGUGCAGUGUCCAUCAUCCCACACCCAUGUCCAAGAUGGCGACUCGCAGGUGCAGGUGCCACAUUGUCAGCCCACCUCCCGGGAACAGGUGGACAUUGUCUACAUGGAUGAAUACAGCAGCGUUGUCAUGUCCUCCGUGGACCUGACUCGCAGCUGUGGCUGUGGACUUGGAGACAUUCAGCAGCCCAGCAAAGAGUAAAGUUUGUUUUAUCAGUUUGAGAAUGUGACUUCUGUGAGCCACCUGGAACACAAACAAAAACACACAAUUCAGAAAAAGUACAUAAUAUCAUUAUAUGCAGGCCUAAUACUUAUGUUGCUUUUCUAAACUAUUUCUCCGAGUUUUUGGUGUUAUUGUCAACACUGAGCCUGGGAACUUAAGUGAAGGCUCUCUAAAAACUCAGUUUUGCAUUCCUGUUUCUCUGUUGUUAACAGAAAGAAUUAUACAAGUGGCAGCACAGAUUUGUUCAGUCAGCCAACCAUAAAACUAAUCAACUAUGAGAUAUAUAUAUAUAUAUAUAUAUAUAUAUAUAUAUAUAUAUAUAUAUAUAUAUAUAUAUAUAUAUAUAUAUAUAUAUCAUCACAAUUUUAUAUUUUUACUGUAGAUUAUUACAAGACUGCUCAAAUUACAAUCUAUUUCUGUAAAUAAAUUCAAGUAUUUCUCUAGCAACAAGCACUGGAAACAACAAAGUGAAGUGCAGCUGACACUUGUGUUAUAAAUGCUGCCAGUUUAUCUUUAAAUAAAUCUCAUGAGUACGGAGUGCUAUUUGUAGUUACUAGCUGUUACUAAGUGUUCCCUCCAAAAAUGUGAGAUGAUCCAGAGCCAAAUCCUCUCACAGGCCAGUUGUCUCCUGUCUGAUCUGCGAAACAGCCACUUCCUCUUAUGGAAAAUAAUUUAAUUUUAUCCAAAUGAGGUCACAUAAAAAAAAAGUUAUUUCUUUAAUGUUGUAAAAUUGUAGAAGAAGCUAACCUCAGCUAAACUCCCUGCACCUAAAACUUUGUAUCAACUUCUCCUGGGGUAUGAACAUCUGUGCUGUGCUUUUCCACUCCACUGGCUGUCUUCCAUGUUCAUGUUCCCACUAGCAGAAUAGAUAAAUGACACAGUGCUGCCCUGCAAACCCCUAAAACUGUAAUUUUAACAGUGGAUAAUUAAACUGUUAAUUAGUUAUAUGCAAGACAUGCUUUGCCAUGCAAAAAAAUGUUAGUAAGAUGUUGUGGACAUAAAAAGAUAAUGAAAUAAAUCACAAUUUCAACAAAGUGUAUGAAAUCAAUCAAGAAAAAACAUAUUACUCUAUGUUGACAUACUUUGUUAUAUCACAUUGUAGUGAUUUACUGUGAUAUUAUUUUGGCCUGUAAAAAGAUUUAUUAAAAGAUCUAAUUAAAAAGAUUAAAGUCUGGCAGAUAAAAUAUAAUCCAAAUGAAAUGGUGUCUAAAUGGUGAUUUAAAUAAAUGGCCAGUUGAUUGUUUUAUUUUUAUAUUUUAUAUUUCAUAUUUUACUUUUAGAACAUUUCAGUGUCUAUUCUAUUGUUUCAUGUUUUUAGUCGAGUAUUAAUCCAGAACUUUUUUUUAUUUUUUUUGAUUUACAUCAUACAUUUACAUUGUUUGAUUGUAUACUCCCACUCACUUUACCAAGUUACCUCACCAUCCACUUUUUCAAGCAUUUUUAAAGUGGAAUCAACACACUUACAUCAAAUGCAGAAUGUUUUAUUGUGCUUAUUGCUCUGGUUUCAUCUUAAUCAUUUGUACUAAUUCAGUGAUUUCUUGCUCACAGUUCUUUGAAUAAAGAUGAUCAAAAUCCA